AUGAAGGCCUCACUCUUCUCGGGCGCCGCUCUCAUCUCCUUGGCGCUGGGCGGAGCGUUUCCCAAUUUGACCCAGGUGGACUACAGCGGCUUCAAGGCCCUCCGCCUCACUCUCCCCGAGGUUGCCGCGAACCUCACCGACCAGAUCAAUGAGCUCGCUGCAGCCAUCCUCAAUUCCGACUCCGGGGACACGCUCGACAUCGUCUCCUCUCCCGAGAACGUCCAUGCCAUCAGCCAGCUCGCCGUCAACACGACAAUCCUUAUGGAGGACAUGGGCGCUUCUUUCGCCGAGGAGUAUUUUUCAACCGACUAUACUGCUCCCGGCGAUGCCUGGUUCACUGCCUACCACAACUACGCAGACCACUUGACCUUCCUUAACGACCUCCAGAGCAGCUUCCCUUCCCAUUCCGAGGUCUUCACUCUCGGGAAAACGUUCAACGGUCGUGACUUGACCGGCAUUCACAUCUGGGGCAGCGGGGUCAAGGGAUCCAAACCCGCCGUUGUUCUUCACGGCACCGUACACGCCCGCGAAUGGAUCACGACCUUGACCACUGAGUACAUGGCAUACCAGCUCCUGAGCAAAUACGCUACCGACCCUGUUGUCAGGGCCGUCGUCGACAAGUUUGACUUUUACAUCACUCCAAUCGCCAACCCUGACGGCUUUGUUUACACCCAGACUGAAGACCGUCUGUGGCGCAAGAAUCGCGAGAAUGUCUUUGGCCACUAUUGCGUCGGACGCGAUCCCAGCCGCAACUGGCCCUUUAAGUGGGAGUUUGGAGGAAGCGAUACCACCAACCCUUGCCUUGGAACCUUCAAGGGCCUUGCUCCUGGCGACUCUCUCGAGGUCAAGGCCCUCAAGGCCCAGAUCGACUCGCUCUCCGCCUCCAAGGGCAUCUCGCUGUUCCUCGACUUCCAUUCCUUUGGCCAGUAUAUCCUGUGGCCCUUCGGAUACGAUUGCACUCUCGUCGGCACGGAUGAGACGUCCCUGAGGAGCCUGGCCGAACGCGCUGCUGCCGACAUCAUGGCUGUGUAUGUCACCAUGUACCAGGUCGGCAACUCCUGCCGCCUCCUGAAGCAGACGACGGGCUCCAGCGCCGACUACGUCCACGGCGUCGCCGGGUCAAAGUAUACGUACACUUUCAAACUCAGGGACCUCCUCACCUAUGGCUACUCCCUCCCGGCCAACCAGAUCCAGCCGACCGUCAACGAGACAUGGGCAGCCGUCCUUCCCAUGCUUCAAGCUGUGUAA